AUGAGUUCUUAUCCUAUUAAAUCCUCUAAACUAAGCUUUAAAGGCGAGAAGAAAAAAAGAAAAAAACGGCCAUUAUUAACAUCUGAAAGUGUUACUGAGAUCAAUACAGAUAAAAUAGAUGCCGAUGACACAGAAGAAACUGGCUGGAUUCGUUUAACAUCUCUUGAAGAUAUUAAUGGACCAAUAUUUCUGACAUUUCUAUCAUCAACCCCAAUUGCUCUUUCCUGUGAUGCAUAUGGAAAAGUCUUUGGCAUGCCUUUAGAUUCUUGUGAUGAUUUAAAUGAUAUUGAGCCUGAUGAUGUUCGUCAAGUAUGGGUAAGCACCGUUCUUUCAGAUACAGGAAAAUACAGCUUUAAAUCAUCUACUGGUAAAUAUUUGUCAUGUGAUAAAUAUGGUUUUCUUUCAGCAAAACAAGAUGCAGUUGGUUAUAGUGAACAAUUUGAAUGUUUCCUUAAAGAAAAUGGUCUUGCAAUCCAAAGUGUUUAUGAGAAAUUUAUCAGUGUUCAUGAACUGGAUAGUGGCAUAGAAAUUCGAGGAGAUGCAGAAACGGUUGGAUUUUGUGAGAGUUUUAGAGCAAAAAUACAAGGAUGUCAUAAAAAGCGAAAGAUUGUAGAAAAAGAAGCCACUGUAAACACAAUUCGAAGAAAAGAAUUAGAAUCCAUGUGA